UCCGUCGCCGACACACACGCACGCCUUCAUCUCUCUCGUUACCACCAGACACCUGUAGCGCGCCUUCCAAGAGGCGUGAUACCACCGCCACGCUACCACCACCACCAGCACCGCCAGUCACCACCACCACCACCACCAACGUCUCCGAUAUUAGGCGCGCGUGACCUGUCUAAUACCAACUUCGGAAAGAGAAAAUCUCUCAAACUCACCUUUUGAGAACUUAGUUCAAGGGCAUCGAUCUUCCCAACAGUCGAUAAAAAAUAUAGUUUUCCUACCCAGCGACCUCUUGACAACACCUCAGACAAACAAGGCAACGCUGAGGCUGUUUCUCUCCCCGUCAGAACUCCUUCCAAACACUACACUUUUCGUCUGCACUUCGUCAGUUGGGGCUUCUGCUCCGUCCUUGGCAGAAGGAGCAGGAUGGGCAGAUGCAGCCUGCGGGGUAUUGGGGCACUGGUGUUUGUGCUAGCGACGGCGGCGCUGCUGGUGGAGACGAGGCCUCCAUACAGGAGUAGGAGGGGCAUGAAGGUGUGCUCCCCCAGAGACGUCAAGUUCAUGGCCACCUACAUCUGCAACCUCCAUCGCCGCUCCGUCCGCUCCGUCGAUGACUUCGAAGACGACUUCGAGUCCCCAGGUGUGUCGAGGCUGUCAGGUGUCAACAUCCCUCCGUGGCGACCCUCCCGAUGUGGCAACACUGGUAGAGACUGUGGACCAGGGUUGGACUCCAGCUCCUCGCUGCCACCCCUGGCACGGCUGCACCACCACUCACCCCCGGCCGCUGCCACCACCAUCACUGCUGCUGAUUUUAACAGAUGGUUGUCAUUGAAUGGGUACCACGACCUAAGUCUCCAAGAGGACUCCAAUGGCCUGGGGAACGACCUCGUCAACGACCCCUGGCAAGCGAUCAGGGAGAAUGGCGAGACAAAUCAAGAAAGAGAAAAUGGAUUGGUCCGGGUUAACUCUGCUACACACUUCCUAGGAGACAUCUCCCUGGCUAAGAGAGACAGGGAGGUAGACUGGCCUGUCUUGGUACCCAGGUCUCUCAGUGACAUCAGGAGAAACUGCUGCCUCAGGGAGUGUACUGCUGAGGACUUCUACGGCGCGUGUUCCUAAACUUUCCACCCCAGAGAUUACCAUCAUCAGAAAAUAAAUCUUUCUCUCUCUCUCUCUCUCUCUCUCUCACCAGGUUUAUUAAUAUAAAUCACCGGAUUUAUUUAUGUAUAGGUUUAUACCUAAUAGUUAACAUUCUCUUCUCAACGACACGUGAUGUUCUGAUGGGAUAUACAACUAAAUUCUAUAUUUUUUAAUUAUAAUGCCCAAAUCAGUUGACAAAUUCCGGGAAUUGAAACUAGAAAAAAUUCCUGGAGUUAAAAGUUGAGCUGAUGUGUCUAAUUCGUCUAUCCUGUGAUCUAUUUUUAAACCCAAAUAAAACUAAUCAAAUCUAUAAUGGUUUAUUUAUAAAAAAAAGGACCUUUAAUAUUUUUUUCAAAUUACGUUG